GUGGCGUUUCGUGGCUCACUCCGUUAUUGUUCACUAGCUGUGCAUAAUCGACUUGAGCAGGUUUCAUUAUGGUUUAAGGGUCGUGUUGACGAUUUAUGGUCGUGGGCUUACAUGACAAUCGAAAUGCGUGAUCCACUUCCAUGGACAAAGGUAAAUCGUCCCGAAGCCGUUCAGGGUUUGAAGGAAGACACUCCUCUCGAAAAACUCUGUGGAACUACGGGGUAA